CAGGUAGAUCUGUGCAGGUAGAUCUGCGCAGUUUCAGUUUCUGCGUCAGUUGACCCCAAACAGGACCGUGAAGGAUUUACUGGAUCUUUAUUAAAUAAGUAAAUCAUUUGAAACGAGCAACAGAAGGUUGGAACGAUGGAGACGAUCGAGCUUCUGGUUGAAACCCUGCAGCAGCUGAGCCUGGAAGACUUUGCAGAGUUCAGGACUUUGGCUGAAGCAGAGCCGAGCUUGGUGACCUCCAGCAGCCUGGAAGCAGCAAACGUUCGGGAUGUUGUUGAUCUGAUGGUGAAGAGCAGCAGUGGAGAAUGUGUGGAGGCCGUCAGAACCGUUCUGAUGAAGAUGGACCGCUUGGAUCUGGUGCAGAGAUUGUCAGCUACUGACUCAGGAGGAAAAGAUGAACUUUCUGUUGAUGAAGAACCAUCUUUACUGGACCAGAGGAUAGUGAGGCUGAGCAGAGAUAUUAACCUGAUGUUGGAAACACUGGAGGAUCUGAAUGACAAAGAGUUCAGGGACUUUAAAAGACACAUGAGUCCCUUCAGCAACUUCAGGUCCCCCUUCAGUCAUCAGGAGAUCCAGCUGGACUUGGCAGACCGGCAGAAUACAGUGAUUUUCAUUGUUGAGGCUUCUGGAAAAGAGUCUAUAAAGGUGACCAGUGAUGUUUUAGAGAACAUCAGGAGGAAGGAUUUGGUCCAGAAGCUAAGCAGCAGCUCAGCCUCCAGAGAGAUGCCGUUGGGAAAACAUCCAUCUGCUCUGAUCCAUAAAGUGGCGACCAUGGCAGCAGUUAAAGAUGUUCUUCUGGAAACUCUGGAGGAUUUAAAUGAACCUGAAUUCAUUGAGUUAAAACUGUUACUGCAGUUCACAAAAUUCCAGAGAAAUCUUCCACUAAUCCGAUGGGAUGAACUGGAUGAUACAAACAGAACCAGAGUGGUGGAUCUUCUGGUCAGUACAUGUGGUAAACAAUCUGUGGAGGUGAUCAGGGAGGUUCUAUUGGACCUGAACAGAACCGAUCUGGCACUGAGGCUGCCUGAGACCAGCUCAGCAUCUAAAGAGAAACUUCCUAUGAAGCUGAACUCUGCUUUUCUCCAGAAAGUGGAAAAGUUGGAGUCUGUGACGGAGCUGCUGCUGGAGACACUGGAUGAGCUUGAUGAGGGAGAGAUCGAAAAGUUUUCAGAAAAUUACAAUAAAAUUGACCAUCAGAGUGAAUAUAUACCGAUUUGGGAAACCAGAUUAAUAAAUGUGCGAUACAUUGUGGUGGUUUUUGUUCUGACUUAUUUCCACCAGUCAGUGGAGAAGACCAUGGAUGUUUUAAAGCAGAUGAAGAAGGAUGAUCUGAUAGCGAAGCUGUCAGGCAGAAGCUCAGGACCUAAAGAGAAACCUUCUGCAGGUCAACAUCGUUCUGCUCUGAGCCACAAAGUGGCAACGAUGGCAGCUGCUAGACAGCAACUCCUGGAAACUCUGGACAAAUUAACCCAGGAGGAGUUUUUAAAGUUUAAAGAAAGUUCAUCAAAGUUUUCACAAAGAUUGGAGUUCAUGACAGAGAGAGCAGAAGUUAUUGAUGAGAUGAUGGAGAAGUUUGGCCAGGAGUCUGUGAAGAUGAUCAAUGAACUUCUGAUUGAAAUAAACAGAAAAGAUUUGGCUGAGAAUCUUCAAGAAACUGAAGAAACUUCAAGAAGUUUGGAUUCUGUGGAUUGUGGAAGUGUGGAGCAGGACUCCAGCAGCUGGACCAAAGUGGACCCUGAGCUGGACGGGGCGUCUCCAGACCAAGAUCCAACUUACAGCCUCCAGUCUGCAGCGGGCCACUUUGAAUGCAGCGUCUCUGGUCUGCGUUGGGUCUGCAGGGAGAAGGUGGGCUUUCGGUACCGGUUCUGCUCCUGGGACGGACACAUGGAGAGGAUGGAGAGCAGAGGAUUCCGGCCUGCUGGUCCUUUACUGGACAUCUCUGUCCUUACUGGGAAGGUGAUGGAGGUGCAGCUGCCACACUGGGUCUGCACCGACGAUGUUCCUGAGUCGCUGAAGAACUUUGCUGUCCUCCAUGUUAACGACUGUGGAGAUGUUCUGGAGAAAGCGACCCGGGUCACAAAGACCCAUGUCGGGUUGGCAGAACCAGUUUUCUCUUUGCUGGGAGAUGUGAUAAAAGACUUCUUUCAUCCAAAAAUCACCUGCAACACAUUAAUGUACUAUCAGCCCAAAACGUCCUACCUGAAGAUGCGCGUCUACCUGAUUCCACCGGAUCCUGCUCUGAAACAGGUGAUCAUUUAUUUCAUUAUCUCCUUUACUUAUUUUCACCAU